AUGGCAAGGGUGUGGGGCGAUGGCUACGGUAGGCAGUGCCCGAGGCAUCCCCGCUGCGGAACCCAGCUCUGUGGUCUCCACAAGGAGGGCUUGCUGGCACAUGGACGGGUGGAUGAGCCGGUGCCUCCUGCGAAGCUCAAGCAAAUGGAAGAAGCUGUCAUGAAGAGCCGAGGACAGCCGACAGUGGCCGAAAGUCGAAGUCCUCCUGUUGCAUCUUCAACAACGGUAACACGAGGCGGAACGACCGUGCAGGAGAGUGAGAUCGACUUGUCAGCUUCAAAGUACACUUGGCUCAGUGAUGGGGAGGAGGAGCUUCUCGUCAGGCAGCACACAAAGCCCUCCGCUGCAUGUGUUGCAUGCUUUACAGGAGCCAACAAUUCGUCCGUUCAUGCGCACGGAGUCGGCGUCGGCACCAUCGAGUCGAGAUCAAGCUGCAACGAAACAGUUGCUCUGUACGAAGCCAGGAGUGCCUUUCAAGCCUUUGAGGCCAUGGCCAGGUGUGGUCGAUUUUGGCGGCUCUUUGUCUUCCUCGUGGCCACCGCACUUCCACCAGGUGCAUGUGCCACUUCGGGCGCCGAUGCAGUGACAGAGUCGACAGAAGUGCGAAGUAGUCAGGGCGACACUCAGACACAGGUGACAGAUGCUGACAGGUUGUGCACCGACGUCAACGGAAUGUGCUGGAUUGAUGCUGAAUGCUGCACCGGUGUCAGAAGAACACUAGACGCUGCCGACCGAUUCGGUGACACUUCCUUUCAAAAAAGGCAGGACAGAGUCGGACAGAGUAUGUCAAGCCUGUUUGGGUUCUUUGCUGUGGAUGCUGCAAGCGAGCAGGCACCCACGGACUGGAAUGAGGGAGGCCUUGCUGCCGUCGAGCGCCUGUCACUGUACAGGUCGGUGAUGUGGUCCGUGCCAGAGGCGUUGCUCGCAACCUGUGGGACGGACCGUCGAAGUAGGUCUCGCACGGCCAACAGGGACAACAUGCGCAUGUACGAAGCCGCAGAGCUCAGAAAGGGAUCGGCGAGACCAAGCUUGUCGGAGAAGGAGCUAGUUGCCUCUGAGAAGUGCGAAGAGCUACCUUUGUCCAUGGUGGCUGGCCGGCCUCUCCGAGUUCUCUCACAGAAGGCUUAUACCAAGGAGGCAGACGAGGAGGACAUCAGCAUCCAAGCUACAGGCUGCAUGUUUUGCCGUCGUUUGCUGGGAGAAGGUGAUGUGCUGUGGGAGCUGGACUGGGACAAGGAUCGCGAAAAGAAGCGGGAGGAGUGUUUGCGAGGUUACCGUGGACUUGAAAAAAAGGAGACUCCGGGGAAACUGCCAGAUGGGCCUCAGGGCAUUUUUUUCAUGGCGCUUUCAGCUUUGCGACCGUUCGCUUCAGAGGGCAUGCUCCCGUGCCGUGAGUCGGAGCAAGAAAGUGUCAUGGAAUUCCUCAAAUCCUCAUUGCGCGUCCACAUCAAGAAAGAGGUCCUCUACGUUUCAGGCAUGCCUGGCACUGGAAAGACCGCUUCGGUCCUCGACGCUGCGAAGCGUCUGGAGAAAGCCAGGACUUCAAGCUCCAGUUCGAAUACUCCGAUCAAGUUCGCAUACGUGAAUGCCAUGUGCUUGUCUACCCCUUCCGCAGUUUUCGCCGAGAUUCAACGCAAGGUUCUCGGACAAGCGCAGAAAAGAAAGCGCGGUCCAGGCCCAGGAGGUGAUGGAGAGGAAGCUUUGCGCCAAGCCUUGACCCAAGCAGGCGGCGAGGUCGUUAUUCUUGUCAUUGACGAGGUCGAUGCACUCCUGACACAGGGCCAGACCGUCCUCUACCGACUGUUCGACUGGAUGUCACAACCGGCUGCGCGGCUGGUCGUGGUGGCCAUUGCCAACACGAUGGACCUGCCGGAGCGCUUGCUCCCUCGUGUCUCAAGUCGUUUGGGCAUCCGGCGCGUCAACUUCGAAGCCUACAACAGAGACCAACUUCAUACCAUCCUGGCAGAUCGCCUACGAGCCGGCGGAGCAGAAGCGGCGAUUCGAGACGACGCGUUGAAGCUCUGUGCAGCUCGAGUGGCAGCUGCUGGAGGGGACGCUCGAAAGGCACUGCAGGUCUGUCAGGCUGCUGUUCAGCGUGCAAUCGAUGCGACCGCAACCAACGGCAAAGAGCCUGAAGCGGUCACUGCUGCCCAAAUGGACAAAGCUGAGGCGGAGCUCUUGCAGCGGAACCCAGUUGCCGUCGGGAUAAUGAAUCUUAACCUCCAGCCCCGCUGUUUCCUGCUUGGCAUGGUCUUGGAGCUCCGAAAACAGAACGCGUAUGCUCUCCCUCUGAAAACAGUCACGCGGCGCUACGAGGCAAUCAUGCGGAUUCUCCAACAGCGUGAGGAGGGCGCUGGAAAAGCCACGCAGCCCGUCUCGUCGGAGAGGUGUGCCUGGGAAUCCUUGGAAUACCAAAGGCGUCUAGAGGACUGCUGCAUUCUUGCACAGUACGCCCUUGAGCAGAAGGACGAUGGUGAAGGUGCUGCAAUGGGGCUUGGAUUCGUAUCCAGCAUUGAUGUCUCCGAGGCAGCAACUGCUCUGUCCGUCGCUCCAGGAGAUGAAAUCGCCAAAGAGGAGUACAUGGUUUGCGAACACUCGGCCGCUUGUCCCGUGCCCUUCCAGUGGAGCGGUGGUGGCGAUGGCCUUGCAGAAGGCAUGGCGCAGUGGUUCUGCUGGCUUCUUCGCCGGGACCAUGCAGGCUCCGUGCUUCCAGCGUACAAGUUCGGGGGAACGUUGCCUGAUGUACUCCGGAAGCUGUACCGUGAGGGUGGAAUCGCCAGACUGUAUCAAGGCCUCUUGCCCUGGGCAAUAUUUCAAGCACCACUUUCUCGAUUUGGUGAUGUCGCCGCGAAUGACAUGGUUCUGGCACUGAUGGGCGCAUUGUUCCCUCAGGUGCCAGUUGGUGUGACGACCUUUGUGGGCUCGGUUUCGAGUGCUGCUUGGCGGGUCAUCAUCACGCCGGUGGAUACUUGCAAGACGAUGUUGCAGACAGAUGGCACAAAAGGCUGGAUCAUGCUGAAAGAAAAAAUGUCUAAAGGUGGCCUGCUGAUUUUAUGGGCGGGUUGGGAGGGUAAUUACAUGGCGAACGUCAUUGGAAACUAUCCCUGGUUCGUGACCAGCAACGUUCUCCAGAAGCGUGUACCAGUGCCUGCCGGAAACUUUAUGAAGCUGGUCAGGAGUGCCUUCAUUGGUGCACUUGCUUCUUCUAUCAGCGAUGUUGUUGCCAAUUCUAUCCGCGUCAUAAAGACGAAGAAGCAAACGAGCGAAGAUGUCAACUGCGGGUAUAUAUCUGCAGCGCAACAGAUUAUUGCCUCGGACGGCAUCCGUGGCAUCUUCUUCCGUGGACUGAGCACGCGAGUGUUCACAAACAUUUUGCAAAGCUCGAAGCAGUUUGGGAGUAGUUCGGCUGUCCGUGCUGCCGCUAGUGUCACACUGAGGCCGCUCCAGCCCCUGCAAAACUUGUGGAAAGACCACAUGGGUUGGCUGAGGACUCCACAUCGACGCCGCACUGCAGCAUGUUCCUUUGGCGGACCGCUGCCCCGGUUGGGAAACUGGUCAGUGUAA